UGACAAACACCCAGGACCUCUCGUCGCCCUCCUCCCGUCCCCAGCGCUCGGCCCAGAGCCCCCUCCGGCCGCACUGCAGUGCCCCCAGAUGAGGAUCCGAAGCGGCCGGCGGCAAUGUCUGCUCCAUCCCCGCUGGCGCAAGGCCGUCCACCCGCUGGGAACUCGCCGCACCACAUAGAGGGGCCCAGCAUCCCCUCCCGUGAGCCCUCGGUGACACGGGGGCGAGCGCUGACAGCAUCCUCGCGCAUCCUCUCGCCGCGCUCGCAGACGCCUGUCCUCACCCCCAGCAGCAACUCGAGCCCCGACCGAAGCCUCGAGCGCAAGGCCUCGCUGCCGUAUGCCCACAACCGCCAGACCUCCAUCGUGCAUGGCAUCCAGCACUCGCGCAACACGAGCUUCGUCAAUUCGCCGGCCACCAGCCCGCUGAGCCCCCAAGUCAUCGCCGCCCAGGGCCCCUCGCUCGAUGGAACCGCCAUGUCGCAGGAGACGAUAGCCGAAGCCUUCGCGGCCAAGGGCGCACCAGCACCCGCCGCCAACGGCCAUGGCCAUGCGCCCACCGGCUCCGUGGCAACCGACGCGAGUGUAUCCCACCGGAGGCCGGAGCGCGCACAGAGUGCGAGGUCGCGGAAGGGCGGGCACCACCACCACCGCUCGCAGUCUCGCCAUCAGGCCCAGCACGAGCUCAAGACGGUCGGCGAGUACGCCCUGCACCACCUCUUCAACUCCUUCAUCCCCCAGGCAGACCUGAAGAUAAGCCAGUGCAUGUCAGACCACGGCCAGCCGGAAGCCAGGGUGGAGCGAAUAUGCGGUCCGGGAGUCGACCCCAACUUUGACCAGCUCAUAUGGGCUCUGGGCCACAUUGCCAAGAACAAACCCAAGUCGCUGAUCGACACCAUCAUGAUCUGGCGGAAAGGGAAGAGCGAGGAUGCCACCCAGCUGCGCAUCAAGCUCGCCAACGCCCGUCAGGCAGUUUCGCUCCCGCAGUCAGUGCUCCCCCGCCGCAACACGGAGCCUCUUCAGCUCGGCGAUCCCCAUGCUGCUGCCGCUGCCGCAACAAGUCCGGAAUAUAUGCUUGCGCUGCAGCAGACUGUAGCUCAGGCCGAACAGCGUUCGACCGUUUCUACGUAUAUACUAUGCCGGGUACUAAUUCAGAUCAUCAACCAAACGACGUUGGACUCUCUGACCCUCGACAUGGCUGAACGCCUCCUGAGCCUUUUCUACAACCAGUUGAAUACCGUGGACCCGGAACAAGCGGAGGAGUCGUCGGUGCACAAAGCUAACUGGGUCAUCUACAGCCAACUUUUGGGGGAAUUGAGCGAAUUGAUCUUUCAUAGUGUGCAAGAGAAAUUUGUUGCGGAUCUAAAAGGCAUCGACUCCCAGUACACGCAGUACUCCAUCAAGAAUCAGUCCAGUAGAGAGGUCGAAGCCAAGGGCGCACUCCUCGUCCGAGGGAUGCGGUACCUACGCGUGAAAACAACGCCCGUGGAUCUAUGGGACCGCACAUGCGAAUUUAUGUUCUCAUUGGCGAAGUUGUUCGCCAAUGCCCACGGCCAGACAAUCAAAUACGCAUAUUGCCAAGUGCUCCGAGAUCUUCUUCUCCGAAUUGCAUCGGAAACCAUGCCGCAGUUCAGUACGCCUAGAUGGAAAAGCGUCAUCGACAUACUUAAAUCGAGAGCAUCGCUACUUCUGAGCAAACCCAAACACUGGCAAGAGGCGUUUCCACUCAUGUGUGCCAUACUUUGCGUAUCACCGGCUGACACCUUUGCGGCUCAGUGGUUACCGCUUGCUUUGUCAACACAACCAAGGUUGAAAGAGCGUGCAACGAGAGCCGUUGCUCUAAAAGGAAUAUGCCAGCUGGUUUGGAGCUACCUCUACAGGGCUGCCCCCGAUCCUGCGAAUGUUGCUAUGCGAAAGUUGGAGGACAUCAUCCGUAUGGUAUAUCAACCUGGCAAGCGAUCGUACCUGUCAACAGAACCUGCCAUUGCGGAGCCUUUUAUCCAACUGACCCGUAUCAUUGGUUUCAAGUUCCAAGAUGUCUGUUUUAGGGCCAUAAUCUUCCCGCUGCUCAAUGCAGAAACAUUCACUUCUGGGCGGGACUUACGCGUUGAAAAUUUGGACCCCGACCGCAUGGUCAUCGGCAUCCGAUCUUUCCUUGCCAUUAUGACGGAUCUCGAGAACGCGAGCGAGAUUCAACAUCCACCUUUCCCCAGCCCGUUCGCACCAGAAACCAACGCUUCUACUACAACAAACCAUCCACAGCCAAUCGUCAGCCCACACCCUCUGCAGCAUCCAGCAAUGAGGUCACUGCUUCCAACUAAGGAGGAACGCCUCUCCCGCCCCGUGAACUUUUCUGGGUUCCCUGAAAUAGCCAAAGAAUAUUAUGUUCGAUUCUGUAAGAUUCUAGGCGACAUCACGAUCAUCUGCGAUAAUGCGUUCGGUGGGCAAGCAGUACUAGACGAGAAAUUCUCCCUUCAAACACCAAAGACACCCAUGUCUGAAGCUUUUAGCUUCGCUCGAAGAGAGGACCAGACCCCCACCGAUCCGCGACAAGGGUUUUAUGACCUUUUGCACGUGGCUGUCCAGGCUUUGCCUCGCUGCCUGUCACCUCACAUCCCGUUCAGUUCUCUUGUUAAUCUCUUAUGUACAGGGACAGCUCAUGUCCAUGGCAACAUCGCGACCUCAUCUGCGCAAUCUCUCAAGUCUAUCGCUCGUCAAUCCUUUGCCCAACAAGUCACGAUUGCGUUCGCACGGUUCAUCUUUACUUUCGAUGAUCGUUAUUCCACCAUGUCCGAUGGCGGUAUGCUUGGCCCAGGCCAUAUUGAAAGAACGCUCAAACUCUAUGUUGAGCUGCUCGAGAUAUGGAUUGAAGAGAUCAAAGAGAAAACCCGCAAAGCGGCUUUAGACACCCCUGAUGACGGUAUGGGAAACAGAGGCAUCCAUUUGGACUUGUCAUCAGUUUGGGCACACGUCGAUGAAGUUGAAUCUCACGGUCUUUUCUUCCUGUGUUCACCGUCCCGCCGAGUAAGAGCUUACGCUGUAACUGUACUACGCCUCAUAACAGAGUUCGAUACCGCACUCGGAGGCUCCAAUACCAGAAUCAUCCGCGUGAUGGAGGGAAGCCCACAAAAGGUUAUGGAUAUCAGCGACGAAAAGCUUUCUCUUGCGGAACGGACCCGUCUGCAGCGAGGUAUGCGCAAGAGCAACGUUCAGAGUACACUUGUGGAGCUUUGCAGCAGCGAUGUACCCUACGACUCAACGCUCUGGUUCAAGGUCUUUCCCAAUCUUGUGCGCAUCAGUUUUGAGGUCUGUCCUUUUGCAGUCACCCUAACGCGCGACAUUGUUUGCGCUCGCCUGUCCCAGAUGCAUCGAACUUUGAUCUCGAUAACUGAAGGCCCGAAAGCCAGUCCCUAUGCAUCUUUCGAUUCUGCUAUGAACAAAGCUGCCAAUCGCAUGCCAUCGACGGCCCCAGAGAUCUUUGUCGAGCAAUGGAAGCUUUAUUUGAUUUUCGCAUUCACAACAUUGACCAACCUCGGCGUUAACAACCAGUCCGUAGCAAGUGCAUCUGCACAGCACUCGAGGAAAAGUUCCAAGUCAUCACAAAAGAGCUCCAAUAAGGUCUAUACGGCAAGCGAACUAUUUGCACGGGUGCUACCGUUUCUUGCCUCCGAUAGUUCUGCGGUGCGCGACGCUACCGUCGUUGGGCUGGGCUCGAUCAAUAUCAACUUAUACCGUACCUUACUGGAGUCAUUGCAUGGUCAAGCGGCAGCUUGCGCCGAAGAAGCAAAGACAAGGCUGGGAUCGCACACUCGAACCAUCAGCAGCCCUCGGCGCAAUCGACGGACAGACCACUUGAGAACGGAACUCACUCAUGUCUACAAGCUGACCUCGCAAUUCCUGAAGCUACCAGAAGCUUACAACGAUGACUGGAUUCUCAACAACCUUGUCAACUAUACUAAAGACCUUCGAAUCUUCCUCAGCGACGCAGAAGUGCAGAACGAGUGGGGCUUCCAGAAACUGCGUACUCACUACUGUGGCCUAGUAGAAGUCCUCUUUGAAGGAAUUAACAAGACGCCUGAUCCCUUGCAGUGGAUGCCUUUCCAGGCUCGAAAGGCAGCUUUUACGCUGAUGGAGGAUUGGUGCGGCUACUCAGCCAACCAGCCACAAAUCCGACAGCGAGAAGAAAACAUGAGGCGAUCUAUGCUCGACCGUGAGGCUGACAUGAGCAGCAAAGGCAUUGCCACUGCUGCCAUGGAAAUCGAAAAACGAGAUCUUCGUACAGCCGCCCUCAGCGCAAUGGCUACCCUUUGCGGCGGUCCCAUCAGCAUCACGACAGAUAGCAAAGUCGUUCUUCAGUUUGAUGUCCGGCGCAUGCUCUCAUGGAUUGACGGUAUCUUUGAGACACCCAGCGACAGGACUCAUGCAAUUGGUCGGAGGGCAUUGACCAAUCUGAUCCUUCAUAAUCGCGAACAUCCAUAUCUCCUCGAGCGCGCCAUCGAGAUGUGCUACAUUUCAAAAUCCUCCAAGGCACUUGAAAGUUAUUUCGAGGUUGUGACGCAAGUACUCACACAACGAGAAGAUUACACUUUGCCGUACUGGAAAGUGCUUAGUGCGGGUCUCUACACCCUCGGUCACGAGAACAACGAGCUGCGUAUGAAAUCAGCGCGCCUGCUGCGAACGCUGGAAGCUCGCGAACAGAAGAACUCAAAACUUCAAGAUCUUGACAUUAGUAUAUCCGACAAAACCAUCGCCGUUUACAAACUUGCCCAGUUCGAAGUCUCCCGACGGCUCGCACAUCAACACGCAGAGCUCGCGUUCAUGGUCUUCUCACAGUUCUCGUACUAUUUCAAGGAGCUGCAGCCCGAUCACCAACGUAACAUGGUAGCAGCUAUGCUUCCAUGGAUUCAAAGUGUGGAGUUGCAGCUGAAUCCCGACGGUGGCCCUACAGCGAGCUCGUACAUGCUUUUGGUCAAUCUUUUCGAGAUUACCGUUCGUUGCAGUAGCGCUCUACACAAUGAGAUCCAGGCUCUCUGGCAAGCCUUAGCCGCGGGCUCCGGGGGCAAUGUACAACUGAUCCUUAACUUCAUCAUCAACCUCUGCCUUGAUAAACGCGAACAAAAUUUCGUCGACUAUUCCAAACAAAUUGUGGUGCACCUGGCCGGGACAGGUGCGAAAGUUGUUGAGGCUCUGCUACUUCAGAUCAACCCUCGCUCUAUGGUACAUGAAAAACGAGAGCCUAGCCCUCCUCCUCCGGAUGCGAUCAACCUUCCCUACCUUGCGGACCUUGGCGCCCUGCUGCCUACGAGCAACAAGCAGUCCGGAUUCUCCCUUGGUCAGGUGUGUCUGAUACUACUUGUUGACCUUAUGGUCUCGCCCCUGCAGCUUGGCAGCGAACACCUGCCACUUCUCCUCCAAGUGGUGCUGGUGCUCUGGGACCAUUAUACUCCUGUCGUUCAGGAUCAAGCCCGGGAAAUGCUCGUCCAUCUCAUCCACGAGCUCGUCAUAUCUAAGAUUGAAGAUGACAAUACUGUCGGUAUAGACAAGAGUGCUAUUGAAGAGUUCAUUGAGAACGUACGACAGCACGACUCUAAAAUUGUCUGGAAUUACGACGACAAAAAUGGCAAAGACUCCGAGGACUCUGGUAACAAGGUGCCUGAUUCGAUGACGCACGUUGCGAACGAAGUCAUGCGUUUCUUUUCAUUCACAAACCCUGGGCUCCGCGAAGCAUGGGGAAAAGUGGCGCUGAAUUGGGCGACUUCCUGCCCUGUUCGUCACUUGGCCUGUCGGUCUUUCCAGCUGUUUCGGUGCAUUCUAAGUACACUGGAUCAGGCAAUGCUCUCCGAUAUGCUGGCACGACUUUCUAAUACUAUCUCGGAUGACGAGAGCGACAUUCAAACGUUUUCGAUGGAAAUUCUCACGACCCUCCGAGCAAUCAUCGAAGCCCUUCAACCAGAAGACCUGCUCAAAUACCCUCAGCUUUUUUGGACCACAUGUGCAUGCCUGGACACCAUACAUGAAGGGGAGUUUAUGGAGAGCAUGCUGAUGCUGGACAAGUUCUUGGAUAAGGUCGACUUGAGCAACCCCGAUGUUCUGGUCUUUUUGAAGAAAAGUCGUCCCCCGAAAUGGGAAGGGGACUUUGAGGGCCUCUUUCAGCUUGUCUUCAAAGGUGUACGUUCGAGUCUGUGCUUGGAUCGAUCUUUGCGCCUGCUCGAACGGCUUGUGAUCCUACCUUCCAGUGAGCUUGUAGGGGAUGAGAGUCGUCUCACAUUUGCUGUUCUCGCAAACUUGCCGCGAUUCUUGCGUGCUUUCGAAGAACCGGGCAAAGAUCCUGCAGUCCGAGACAGCGCAGAAGUCCUUGCACAAGUGGCGCUCGAGCAUCAGGUUGAUGACCUUGCAUCAUCUCUAUCCGCUUUUGCCAGGAAAAUCUCGCGGCAAGGCGAUCAGUUCUUGAGGCAAGUGUUGGACGCAAUUGUUGAGUACUACUUUCCUCAGUUGGAAUUCAGCAGUCUCGUCUUCCUUUUGGGGCUUCUGUCCAACAAGCUCGAUUGGUUCAAGAUCAACACGAUGCAAGUGCUCACUCUAUUAAUCAAGAAGAUCGAGAUGCGAAAGCCGGAAAUCGCCCACCGGGGCCCGGAUGUUAUCUCGCCUCUGUUACGUCUCCUUCAAACCGACCUGUGUGGCUAUGCCCUACAAGUGCUGGACUCGGUCAUAGACGUAACAGGCGGACCUCAACCGCCAAACCUAGAGAGAGCUCAUAUCCGCAUGAGUAUGGCAGGGUCAAAUACCAGCAGAGCGUUCAAAAAGCAGUUUGGCACAACACAGUCACUUUACGGCAUUCCUGAGGAGACUGGCUGGUCGAUUCCAGUGCCCGCACACCAUUCACAUCUUACUCGCACCAAUGUGCAUGCAGUGUUCUACACUUGCAGUAACCUUGACGCCGAGACUGCUGCAGACGUUGCAACACCGAAAAUCGAGUUCCGCCAGGAUGAAUUCCCAUUCAGCCCCGUAUCAGACUACCGCACUGCGACAAUGACAUCUGAAGACACACGCGGGGAAAGCCACAUUGGCGAGUUGGUGAUGAAGUUGGACAGUCUAGAUGAUUUCUUCGAAGACGAUGAUGAAAACGAAAUUUUGACCGAUCUACCAGACAGCUCGAUCUUCGGAACCAAUCGCUAUGGAAACGGACUGUACCCACAUAGCUCACAAGACGUCCGAGAGAAUCUCUACGACCAGCAGACUGCGCCCAUUCUGCACAAGUCUCUCACCCGAAACGGCAGUGUGAGCUCUUUCCAGUUCGGCUCUUCAGACGUCAAACUUUCUCCAGCGCGUGAUCCGGGCGUGAUGAAUCCCGGAGCAUUCAGCUCGUUCACAUCUGGCCAACAUCAUCUUCCACCCGCCCCACCUGGACGUCCAGGGCUACACUCGCGUUCAGUUACGUCACCCUCAGCGCCGAAUCAAACGCAGCGGCUGUCUCCCGCUCUUUCCUCCUCAGCAUUUGAUGAUCACGGUGAACCAUUUUCCGACGAUGAUUUAGCCGUCGGACGCUCCAUCUCUGCGAGCGCUAGUACAGAGAAACUCAGUAUCGAGACGGUGAUUGGAGGGCUAAAGCAAGACACAAGAAGCAAGAUCCGAAGUGGGAUGAGAAGGCUUACGGGGAGCAGCAGCGACAACCGAGAAAAAGAACGGAUGCGAGAAGCGGUGAAACAGGCGCUGCAAAAGAGUCCACAGGUACCCAAGGUGCCAGAUAUCUAUCUGGUACAGAAUCCGAAGAGCGCCGACCCGUAAUGCGACAUGUGCAUGGGCAAAGCAAUUGGAGUCUCGGGUAAUGAUAGAUGUACGUGUAGGUACGAGAAAUAUGCUGGCUUUGGGAUUUAUGUGGGGCAUGUGUUUUGGGGGUUUCGGUUCAGAUGGUUGCAUGCGCGGAGAUACCAACACUCUUUCGAGAUACCACUUUUAAUGAUAUG